CUAAACUGAAACUUGACUGCUCUCUCUGUUGUGUGUUCUUCACUUUGGAAUGCAGAAUAAACAAGACUAAAGCUAGAGUUGAGACCAGGGGGAUCUGGAGACCUGCUGCAGGACAUCUGGUGCUCAAUACAGGGCAGCGACACCAGAACAUCCAGGACGUGCUUAGGCCAUGAGUUCCAAACAGCAGUCUGUCAAACUAAACGAUGGCCACUUCAUUCCUGCCCUGGGUUUUGGCACCUAUAAACCCCAAGAGGUUCACAAGAGCAAGUCACUGGAGGCUGCCAACCUAGCUAUAGGUAUUGGGUUCCGCCACAUAGAUACUGCUUAUGCAUAUCAAGUAGAAGAGGAGAUAGGACAGGCCAUUCAGAGCAAUAUCAAAGCUGGCGUUGUAAAGAGAGAAGACAUGUUCAUCACUACAAAGCUCUGGUGUACUUUCUUUCGACCAGAGCUGGUCCAGCCAAGUUUGGAAAAAUCACUGAAGAAACUUCAACUGGACUAUGUUGACCUUUACAUUAUGCAUUACCCAGUGCCAAUGAAGCCAGGGGAUAAUGAUUUUCCAGUAGAUGAACACGGAAAAUCGCUAUUGGACACAGUGGAUUUUUGUGCCACGUGGGAGGCAUUGGAGAAGUGUAAGGAUGCAGGAUUGGUCAAGUCUAUUGGGGUGUCCAACUUCAACCACAGGCAGUUAGAGAGAAUCCUGAAUAAGCCAGGACUUAAGUACAAGCCUGUCUGCAAUCAGGUUGAAUGUCAUCUGUAUUUAAACCAGAGUAAGCUGCUGGAUUACUGCAAAUCAAAAGACAUUGUUCUGGUUGCUUAUGGUGCUCUGGGAACCCAACGAUACAAAGAAUGGGUGGAUCAGAACUCUCCAGUUCUCUUGCAUGAUCCAGUUCUUUGUGAUGUGGCCAAAAAGAACAAUCGAAGUCCUGCCCUGAUUGCUCUGCGCUACCUGCUUCAGCGAGGGGUUGUGCCCCUGGCCCAGAGUUUCAAAGAAAAUGAGAUGAAAGAGAAUUUGCAGGUUUUUGAAUUUCAGUUGUCUCCUGAGGAUAUGAAAACCCUUGAUGGCCUGAACAAAAAUUUUCGAUAUCUUGCAGCUGAGUUUUUGACAGACCACCCUGAAUAUCCAUUUUCGGAGGAAUAUUAACAUGGGGACCUAGUCAUGACUGCCUGAAGUCACUGUGUGCAGUGAUGUUGGUGAUAUAACUCAGAUGCUGUUUGGUGGAUGCCUCAUUUCCAGUCAACCUAAACUGCUUAGUGACUCUCACAUUCAACUAUAGCUCCACCUUUUGGUCUUGAAGGAAAAGGAUUUAAUUUUCAUGAUGCCUCAAAAUAAAUAUAACAUAUUUUCUCAAA